AUGAUAGUUAUUCCCAUUGGUGUAAGACAAACAAACAUAAUGUACGUAAUAAUUGGUAAAAACGGCGAAGUUGUUUUUGUUGACCCCAUUGAGCCAGAAAAAGCCCAAAAAGCAGCCCUAGACUCUGUAAAGGCGCCUUCCCACGUAGUUUCGCUAACAACGCACCACCAUGAAGACCACUCAUCUGGGAACAGCAGAAUACUAAAAAGCUUUCCAGAUGCAAAAAUAUACGCAGGAUCAGAUAAAUCGCUCAAUACACACAUAUGCAGGGACGGGGAGGUGCUAGAGGUAGGCUCUUUGGAGAUAACAUGCAUGCACACACCGUGCCACACACUGGACAGUUUUACAUUCUUUGUGCAAGAUAGAUCUAGCAGCACGCAGCAGCCCGUGGUCUUUGCUGGCGACACGCUUUUCUACUUAGGCUGUGGAAGGUUCACAGAGGGCACCGGUGAGAUGAUGCAAGAGUCAUUGCGCCGUAUUGCCAGUCUUCCUUCUAACACGCUCGUGUACUAUGGCCACGACUACUCAGAGAGCAAUGUGCUCUUCCGAAGAGAGAUUACAGAAGAGCCUGCGAAGAUAAAAACAUCGGGAAUGUUUCUGACUGUAGAAGAGGAGAAGGAAAACAAUCUAUUUAUUAACACAUCACUACUCAGCUCCUCAGAGCAAUUUGUGAAUCUCUCUCCUCUAGCUCGCUUAAAGCUACUCAGACAGCUAAAAGACGAGUUCAACGUAAAAAAGCAGCUUUAA